UUGAGCUUUUAAUUUGUCAAGUCGCGAAGAGUCGAGCAAGAAGGAAUAAAAUUUUUUCAACAAUGAAAUUUUUGAGUGCUUUGUUGUGCUUAUCAGUUGUUGCAAUUGUUGCAGCAGAAUUUGGACAUUACGUACCAAAAGGCUUUUACACAAUUGACGAAGAUGGCAACCAAUCUCCCAUGUACUUUAUCGAAUCAAUCCCAGAACUUUUCCAUCGCAGCCGAAGACAAGUAAACCCCGGCUUCCAAUUUCCAGGCUUCCAACCUUUGCCAUUCCCCGCAUUCCCUCAACCGGGGCAAGGAAACUUCCAUGGAACGUCGAUCAGUUCGACCAUCAACUCGAACCCAUCAGGCGGCGUCGGACAACGUUUCGGAGAGGAAAAUGAGCAAACUAUCGUAACGACAGUCAACAAAGACGGCAACGUCGAGGAGACAGUUACUCACAUCAGACCCGAUGGAUCGACUUAUACCACGCACAACAGACGCGGGCCAAAUCGCGGGCAACAAGGACAACAAGGAAACAAGCAACAAAGCUCAACAUCAACUUCCGGCUAAGAAAUUCAAUGCAAAAAUUGUGAUGAUGGAUCGAUGAAAUUUAAAGCAUUUAAUUUUUCUAAAAAAAAAUAUUACAAAAAAAUUAAAAUAAAUUCUGAGCAUUUUUCUGAGUAAUAAAAAAAAAUAAAUAAUAAAAGUACAUA